AUGGCUGAUCUACGAUUUUACCUUGAUCAAGCAGAAUUCGCAACAAUAAAUGAUCGUAUUAGUCGUGGCGAUAUUAUUGGGGCUAAGGGUAAACCGACACGAACUAAAAAUGGUGAAUUAAGUCUUAUACCAAAUGAAUUAAUCAUUCUAACACCGACACUUCAUCACUUACCUAGUUUACAUUUUUCUCUUAAGGACAAAGAAAUUCGUUUUCGUCAAAGAUAUCUCGAUUUAAUGAUAAAUGAUUCUGUUCGAGAAAAAUUUAUUGUUAAAGCAAAAAUAAUUCAUUAUAUACGACAGUUUUUGAAUGCACUCGGCUUUCUUGAAGUUGAAACACCAAUGAUGAAUAUGAUUGCUGGUGGUGCCAUAGCUAAACCAUUUAUAACUUAUCAUAAUGAUCUUAAUAUGAAAUUAUUUAUGCGUAUUGCACCUGAGCUUUUUCUUAAAAUGUUAGUUGUCGGUGGCUUUGAUCGUGUUUUUGAAAUAGGUCGUGUUUUUCGUAAUGAAAGUAAUGAUAUGACACAUAAUCCUGAAUCUACUAUUUGUGAAUUUUAUAUGGCAUAUGCCGAUUAUAAUGAUUUAAUAGAAAUAACAGAAAAAUUAAUUUCUGGUCUUGUUAAACAUUUAUUUGGAACAUAUAAAAUCAUGUUUCAUAUAAAUGGACUUGAUCAAGAACCAGUUAAAAUUGAUUUUACACCACCAUUUAAACGUUUAAAUUUAAUUGAAGAUCUUGAAAAAGCAACAGGAGAAAAAUUUCCACCAGCAACAGAAUUUUCGACAACAGAAUCGAAUAAGUUUUUUGAUAAUUUAUGUCAAAAAUAUAAUAUUGAAUGUAGAAAUCCAAGAACAACUGCUCGGCUUAUUGACAAAUUAGUUGGUCAUUUUCUUGAAACUCAAUGUCUUAAUCCAACAUUUAUAUGUAAUCAUCCUCAAAUAAUGAGUCCACUAGCUAAAUAUCAUCGUUCAAUGCCAGGUCUUACGGAACGAUUUGAAUUAUUUUUUUGUUAUAAAGAAACAUGUAAUGCUUAUACAGAAUUAAAUGAUCCUAUUGUACAACGUGAAAUGUUCGAAUUACAAGCCAAAGACAGAAAUUGCGGUGAUGAUGAAGCUCAAUUAAUUGAUGAAAAUUUUUGUACUGCGCUUGAGUAUGGUCUUCCACCGACAGCUGGUUGGGGUUUAGGUGUUGAUCGUUUAACUAUGAUGCUUACUGAUAGUAUUAAUAUGAAGGAAGUAUUAUUAUUUCCAGCUGUUAAACCAUACAAAGAAAACGAAAAUAGAUAG